UGAGCGGACACGUGGGCGCCGGGCCUGGGAGGGGGGGGCGAGGUGUCUGAACCCGAAGAGCCGACUCAGCCGUAGGGGAACCUGUGGAGGCGCCCCUGCCCUGGGCACGGGGCCACUAAGGGGUAGCCAGGCCGGAGCGAGAAGCCGUCGGGAGAGGAGCAAAGAUGGGGGGAGAAAACCAAGUUGGUGCCAGAGGAAGCCAAGUUCUCGGAGUAGUGGACGUGGGAGGCGGGGCUGCUUCGGGAGAGGGCGGAGCCCUCCGGCCUCCCGGGGCGGGGCUGUUUUUCCCUUUCGAGGGAAAAAAAGAAAACAAGACUCUUUCCAGGGAGCUAAAAAUAUCUCUUGAGGCUGAGAAGCCCAGGGCGGGAGCUGGGAGGUGGGGUAAAAGGGGUGGCUGUCUGACACCCGCUCCCCUCUGACCUGCCCGAAGACUGGGAUUUUCGUCACGUGGUCUGGGGGGCUGUGUGCCCGGGACUAUGGUUGCAGUUUCCUACCCCCUCCCCUUCCUGAUACGGCAGGUUUGGGGAAAGUGGGAGCACUCUCCUAAUCCCAAAUUCACAGCACUGGGCUGGACAGGAACCCAGGGAAUGGAGGCUAUGGAGGCCUCUCUCGCCUUCGGACCCCCACUUCGGUGUUCGCUUCCUGCCCAGGGCUGUCCUGGGGACUGACUGUUGCGCGGCGCAGCAGUGACUGACCCUUAAGGUGGCUGGUAAGGGGAAGAGAGAGCAAGGUCGAAGGGGGUGACUCAGAACCCCGUCCUCAGGAGGAGAUGGGGCUGCAGUUGGGGGCACUGAUGCUCGGUGCUGAUCAGAACGGGCUAGGAAGGGGAGGAGCCGCAAGGCCUUUGUGCUGGAACCCUGACCAGCUGCCACCAUUCGGACUUACUGAGGGGGCGGGGGUGUCGGUACUGACCCUCUGACGCUGCCCUCCCACCUAUGCAUGCUUAUGUGCCCGCCCUGCGUGAGGUGGGGGAGGAAGGCGUGACUGCUCAAUUCUGGACCCCAACUUUCUUGGGGGCUGCGUUUGACGUGUGUGGAUCCUUCCCUAGCAGCGACGUGCAUCCGUGCUUACAUGUGCACGUCUGUGUGCUUGCCAGAACACGGGUGACGUGGGUGUGCGCGCGCGUGUCGGAGUCCAGGCGCUCGGGGGCGGGGCUAUCUCCCCUUCCCUGGGCUCUGCCCCUCCCAUGCUUGGGUCAGGGAGGGGGAGGGGACGGAGACAAGGGGGGGAGGGGAGGCGGAGCCCGGGUCGGGCUCUCCGAGUGUCCAAGGAUCGGGGCGGCAUCAAGGGCUUGGAGAGAGCUGCCGGGGUCUGAUCAUGGAGCAUCGCAGUGGAGCAGGUUGCCUUCAAGGCCUGUGGCCAGGCCACAGUCCCUCCAGCCAUGGCAAUCGUCCAGACUCUUGCUGUGCCCCUGGAAGCUACCCCUGAGAGUGCAGCUCCACACCCACCCCACCUGCCCACCAUGGGCAGUGUGAGUAGCCUUAUUUCAGGCCGACCCUGCCCUGGAGGGGGGCCUGCACCUUGCCACCAUACCCCGUCGGGACCUCCCUUCUUCCGGCAGCAGGAUGGGCUACUACUUCGAGGGGGUGGUUGCAGAGUCCAGGAGCCACUAUGCCCCCCAGUACCCACCAGAAAGCCCAUGGGAAAUGCUGGCUUUGCAUACAUCAAUGAAGACUUCCGGGGAGACUCGCCCUCCAGCCCCUGUAGUGACACUGAGGAUGUCCGAGAACAAGCCCGAAGUGCCCACCUCAGGGGCCCACCUCCAAAGCUCAUUCCUGUGUCUGGAAAGUUAGAGAAGAACAUGGAGAAGAUUCUGAUCCGGCCCACAGCAUUCAAACCUGUGCUGCCCAAACCUCGGGGGCCACCAUCCUUGCCAGCAUUCCUGGGGCCAAGGGCUGGUGUUGGGGGGCUGUCUGGGAGCCAGGGUAGUCUGACCCAGCUGUUUGGGGGCCCUGCUUCCUCAUCUUCCUCUUCUUCAUCAUCAUCUGCGGAGAAGCCUCUGACCCUGAGUGGCUGGGCCAGUGGUUGCCCCUCAGGGACACUGUCCGACUCUGGCCGAAACUCACUGUCUAGCUUGCCCACUUACAGCACAGGAGGAGCUGAACCAGUCGGAGGCUCUCCAGUAGGGCACCUUCCUAGUGAUGGCCCUGGGAGAGGGGUGUUGCCUGGCACUGGGGGCAGCCACCGAGGGGUCCCCAUAGGUCCCUCGAACUCAGACAGUGGACGAUCAUCAUCCAGCAAGAGCACAGGAUCCCGGGGAGGCCUCCUCAGUGGUGGGGGCACUCGAGUCUCUCCAGACAGUGGAUCCUGUGGGGAUCGAUCGCCUCUGCCUGGUCCCCCGCCACCUCCUCCCCCACCCCUGCCAGAUGAGUCUCUGCUUCGAUGUGCCCUGCAGGAAAAGCUGCGGGAGCGGGAGGCUGAACUGCAGCAGCUUCGAGAUAGCCUGGAUGAAAAUGAGGCUGCCAUCUGCCAGGUCUAUGAGGAAAAGCAGCGGCGUUGGCAGCGAGAACGGGAGGAACUUCAGGAGGGCUGUGUGGCCCAGGUGAAGCAGGCGACCCAGAGGGCUCAGCGGGCACAGCAGCUGCUGCAGCUGCAGGUCUUCCAGCUGCAGCAGGAGAAGCGCCAGCUGCAGGAUGACUUUGCCCAGCUGCUGCAGGAGCGAGAACAGCUGGAGCGGCGCUGUGCAGCCUUUGAGCGGGAGCAGAACGAGCUUGGGCCUCGACUUGAGGAGACCAAGUGGGAGGUGUGCCAGAAAUCAGGGGAGAUCUCCCUGUUGAAGCAGCAGCUAAAGGAAUCCCAGGCGGAGCUGGUUCAGAAGGGCAGUGAGCUGGCAGCACUUCGGGUGGCACUUCGGGAGGCCCGGGCCUCCUUAAGGGCCAGUGAGGGGCGAGCUCGGGGGCUGCAGGAGGCCGCCCGAGCACGAGAGUUAGAGCUUGAGGUCUGCACUCACGAGUUACAUCGCAGGAAGAAUGAGGCUGAAUGGCUUCGGGAGAAGGCUGGACAGCUGGAUGUGGCUGUGGCAGGACUCAGGGGUGCCCAGGAGCCCCUCCCUGUGCCUGCCCCUGACCCCUUCCUGAUGUCGGAGAGUGAUGAGGCCAAAGCCCAGAGGGCAGCAGCUGCUGGGGCUGGAGGUAGCCUCCGGGCCCAGGUGGAGAGGCUGAGGGCUGAGCUGCAGCAGGAGCGCCGGCGAGCUGAGGAGCAGCAGGGAGGCUUUGAGAGUGAGCGCCUGGCCUGGCAGGCGGAAAAGGAGCAAGUCAUUCGCUACCAGAAGCAGCUACAGCACAACUACAUCCAAAUGUACCGGCGCAACCGGCAGCUAGAGCAGGAGCUGCGGCAUCUAAGCCUGGAGCUGGAGGCCCGAGACCUGGCUGACUAUAGCUUGCCCGAGACCCCCCCAUGCGUCCACCUGGAGGAGAUCACAGCCACGGAGAUCUGAAGGCUGAUGGGCCAGAGGUGCCAGGUGGCCUUGGCCCCCAGGUCCCACCUCAAGAGCAGGAUGACCAGAGGGGAUGGGGCCAGCCUACGACCCCUUUCUUUGCCCUGGCCUAGCCUCUAGGGUAGGUUUCUGGGCCAGGGCUAUUCCCAGAGGGAGUGUUUCAGUAGAGCUAAAGGCCUGGGUGAUGAGUAGGCAAUCUGGGGACUCCCACCUAUCUUGGGGAAAGGUGUGAAGGCCUCUCCCCCCUCUCACCUUUUUGCCACCACUCCCCCAAAUUUGUUAACAGCACUCUUUCCUCAGCCUCAUAACACCUACCAAAUCUGUCCCAGCAUCAAGAGCCUAAGGAUGCCUGUCUCCCUGGUGUGCCAGAGAUGAAAAACUUCCUCUUUCCCCCUUCCCUAACAUGUGCCUCCCCUCCCUGAGCUGGAGUAAAGGGCAAGGGGCCUCUGUUCUCUGGCAGGUCCCCUGUCCAGAGCCCCGUUCCAGAGCCCCCUGUGUGACCAGGAGCUGCCUUCAGACCAAAGGAAGAACUCAGAGACAUCUUGUUUAUUUGUGUUUGUUACUAUUCCAGUCUCUAACGUCACCCCACCCUCCUUCCCAAGUUUAUGGCAUCUUUUAAAUUGUAUAUUUUUCACAUGUGUAAAUUUCUUGUACAAACCCAAAGAAAAAAAAUUUAAAUUUUUUUUGUUUUUAAGAAAAA